UAGAAUGUUUGGUGCAGUUCUCAGUGCUUUGGAAAAUUGUGAAGACUGCACUGGGCCUGUCUCCAGUUUAAAAUGGCUUGGUGUGACAUGCAAAUUAUGUUCAAGAUCAUGGCAUAAAUCCUGUUUUUUGAAGAAGAAUUCAUCACUGGAUGCUACUAAGUCUUGGGAUCAUGUUUCUGACUCUGAAAUCAGUGAUUCAGGUUCAGACGAUGUCUACCUUCCAUCAAGAAGCUCUGAUGGAUCCAGCUCUGAUUUUCCUACUGACACUGAACAUAAUGAGGAUGCACAAUCAGUAAUCUUGCCAUAUCUUGGACAAGUUAAACCACUUCCUUCUGAAGGAAAAACAAAGAAAUCUGACAAAUCUGACUGCAUCAAUGACCAACCCUGUUCUGAUAAUGGAGUGACUCAUCGUGAUAACUGGAUUAUUUCAACAAAUACGGCCGAGCAGCCUCCCACCCCGGCCGAGCAGCCUCCCACCCCGGCUGAGCCUCUUCCUAGCAUAUCAACUCAACAAAUCUCUUCUUGCACUUUAAAGAAUUACUGCUAUGUUUGCAAAAAAGCCCAAUCCAAAAUUUCUCGGCACUUUAAAAAGCAUGAGAAAGAAGAUUUGGACAUUGCCCGAGCAUUGUCAUUACCCAAGAACUCAAAAGAGAGAAAAAUGUUAUUGGAUAAGUUGCGGAACAAAGGAAAUUAUGAGCAUAAUCAGGAGGUAAUAAAUAGCCAUAGUGGAUCACUGAAAGUCAGAAGAAGAGCUGGAUCAUCAAAAGUCUCUGAGAACUCCAAAAGGUAUGUCCAUUGUACAUAUUGCAAAGGUAUGUUUCUUCGCAAAGAGCUGUGGCGCCACACAAAAAGGUGUCCAUUAAAGAAAAAAACUGAGGACCAUCAAAGGAGCAAAGUCUUAUCUCUGGCUGAUAUGGCGGAGUCAACCAGCUGUCACACCAUUUCCACUGGCGUGUGGAAGGUGCUCGGAAAGAUGAGGCAAGACGACAUAGGAUCUGUAGUGCGCAAUGAUUUCAUCAUAUUGCAACUGGCCCAGUCGCUGUACAACAAGCAUGGGAAUGAUCCCACAAAAUUUGAGUACAUUAGGACAAAGGUUCGGGAAAUGGGUAGACUUUUAUUGACUCUAAGAGUGAUGUAUUCUAUUCAAAGCUUUGAAGAUGGUGUAAAACCAAACAACUUCUACAAAAUUGUUAAUGCUGUGAAAAGUUUCAGGAUAUGAUGAAGAGAAAAACUCGUAUUCCACACCAAGUCUUGCCCUGAAGUUGGGGCACUCGUUGAAAAAAAUUGGGGACAUUAUUCUUUGCAGAGCUAUAGCAGCAGAGGAUGAACAUUUGAUAAAAGCAACUGAACGAUUCAUCAGACUCUGCUCAAAAGAAUGGGCCGGAUAUGUCUCUCACACUGCACUGGCUACUUUGAGAAAGUCAAGGUUCAAUCAACCAUCCAUCAUACCAUUCACAGAGGAUGUGCAAAAGUUACAUAAAUACCUGGAGGAGAACUCGGCUAUUGCCAUACACAACUUAAAAAAAACAUGAGUCUCCUCAGGCAUAUGGAGAACUUGCAAGGUUGACACUUUCACAAAUAAUACUCUUUAAUAGACGCCGUGCAGGUGAAGUUUCAAAAAUGUCUCUGGAAUCCUUCAAGAAAAGAGACCAAACUGAGCUUCAUGGUGAUGUAGCUGCCAGUCUGUCACUUUUUGAACAGAAGCUAGCAAGGCACUUUAGCAGAGUGGAAAUUAUGGGUAAAAGAGGCAGGAAAGUGGCAGUUUUGUUGAACCCUGAGGUUGUUUGUGCGACAACACUUCUCGUAGAGAAAAGACAGAUGUGCAAUGUGCACAAGGACAACCCUUUCCUAUUUGGAAGGCCAGAAUGCCCCUUCACAAGCCACUACAGAGGACAGGAUUGUGUUAGAACAUUUGCACGCUUGUGUGGCGCAAAGAAUCCACAGUAUCUGAGGUCUACACAACUUCGAAAGCACAUUGCGACCCAAUCCCAAAUCUUGAACCUUAAGAACAACGAACUGGAUCAACUGGCUAACUUUUUGGGCCAUGAUAUUAGAGUUCACAGAGACUUUUACCGUCUGCCAGAAGCCACGAUUGAAGUGGCAAAAAUCACGAAGAUUCUGCUUCCUAUGGAGAAAGGAACGUUGGCACAGUUCAAGGGGAAGUCUCUUGAUGAGAUUGAGAUUGAAGAUAAAUUGGAUCCAGAAAUGUAUGGUGAGUUGGAUGAUGGAGACGACAAAGUGGAUGAGGAUGAUGAAAGCAGCAGUGACGAUGAACACAACGAAGGUGAAAGAGGGAGAGACGAAGAAAAUGGUGGAGACGAAGACGGAGGCACAGGGAGAGACGAAGAAAAUGGUGGAGACGAAGACGGAGGCACAGGGAGAGACGAAGAAAAUGGUGGAGCCGAAGACGGGGGCACAGGGAGAGACGAAGAAAAUGGUGGAGACGAAGACGGAGGCAGAGGUUGUCCCCUUGGACUAAUGGAAAACGAAAGAAUGGAGAUCGACGAAGAGCAAAACAGUUCCUCUGGAAAACGAAAAACAACUAUAUUGACUGAGGAUUUGGUCAAGACUUCCAAAGGACAGAAGAAAAAGUGUGUCGUCAGCAGUUCCAGAGAGAUCAAACGCAGAAAAUAUGUGAAGAGGCCAUGGAGCAACGCCGAAAUCAGCGCUGUCAUGAAAUUCUUCAAAACCCACAUCGAAAAAGGGAAAUUGGCAAGUAAGAUUGAGUGUGAACAAUGCAAACUAGCUGAGGACCCGAUUUUGAAGAAUAGAACCCUUCAAAAUAUUAGGGAUUUUGUGAGGAACCGUGGCCUUAAGUUAAAAAAAUAGGUUCUAAUUAAGUAUUUAUGUUAACUUUUAUUAGUGCAAUAUUUGGUUUACAUUUUAUUUGAUUUUUUGCAGAAAAAUGACUUUUUUUUUUUUUUUUUUGUGUGUG